AUGGAACAUACAAUUUACAAAAUUAUUCCUUCAAUCCGUGGUGAACUUAUGAUUAAAGUUCAUGAUUAUAUCAUGGUAAAAGAUAAAAAUCGAGAAGAUCUCUACAAUUGGUGCUGUGAAAAGCGUAAAUUAGAAUGUGAUGGGCGUCUA